AUGGCGACGUGGGCUUCAAAGCAGACAGUAGCGGGGCAGGCGCCGAUGGGUUCACCGGGUUCGGGUCGGACGACGGUUGACGGGGCUUCGGUCAAGGGCACCGGCGAGGUUGACGGGGCCGGUGAUGGCGAAGCGGGCUACCUGGAACGGGACGGCGACGUUCCUAUCGCCGUUGGUAGUGCAACCGGUCUGGAUGAGGACAGCGGCGGUGCGGGGGUAAUUCAGCGGCGCCUGGUGCCGGGUUCGCCAAUCUGGAAGCAGACGGUGGCGACGGAUUCUCCAAUUCCGGCGCAAGAUAUGUCGAAAGAACCAAGUUUCAAACCUAUUCUGCACAGUGAGUAUGGGGUCUGA